AUGAAGGUCUUCUACAAGUAUCGCGCAACAGUCCUCUUUCCAUUGGCCAUUACUGCUGUGUUGGCCCUGUCUUGCCAUCAUGGGGCCACUGCCUUGGACAUUGUUGCUCUCCAUCCCACCACCAAUUAUACCAUGUCAGUGUCGGAAACAACGAAGAACCAGGUGUUGAAGGUAUUGUCAACGACCUCAAUGAAGAGUACACAGCAGCAUGCCUACACGAGCACUGCCGCCAAGAGGAAACCAAAGACAACAAGGAAAGAUGAUGGUGAUCACAAGAUCUCAUCGUCAAAGGCUACGGGGCUCUUCUACCUGGCCGGGUUCUUUGGUUUCCUAUUGUUCGUUACUGCAUAA